UCAGCCAGCCAACCAACCCCUUCAGUAUUCUCUUUCCACAUUCUCAAAGUCGUUAUACAGUAUACGUGUGUGUGUGUAUAUAUAUAUAUAUAGCCGAAGCUAAAUGCAGAGAGAAGCAUACAUAUAAAGAGCGCUUAUGAGAGCUAUAACUCAUAGCUUUCUGUUGAAUCUAUACCCACCAACCAAAACCAACACCAAUAAGAGCAUAAACACAGUCCUUUCUUUUGUCAGAAAAACCAUGUCUGGAUCAGGUCAAACCUCUGGUUUUCACAGGCCCAGAUUAGUUGUCAAGAAGGUCUUGGCCAAGCCUCAAAGUGAAGGCGAUGGUGCUGUUGUUAGGAGAAGCAUUGGAAGGUCAGAAUUGAAGUAUUUGGAUCCUUUUCUCAUGUUGGAUGAGUUUGCUGUGUCACCUCCUGCUGGAUUUCCUGAUCACCCACACAGAGGUUUUGAGACUGUAACAUAUAUGUUGCAGGGAUCUUUCACCCAUCAAGAUUUUGCAGGGCACAAGGGUACAAUCGGAACCGGUGAUGUGCAGUGGAUGACAGCAGGAAGAGGGAUAAUUCAUUCUGAAAUGCCUGCAGGAGAAGGAACCCAAAAGGGUUUGCAACUAUGGAUCAAUCUUUCCUCCAAAGACAAAAUGAUUGAACCGAGGUAUCAAGAAUUGUUGAGUGAGGACAUUGGAAGAGCAGAAACAGAUGGGGCUGAAGUAAGGGUUAUAGCAGGAGAAUCUAUGGGGGUCCAGUCUCCGGUUUAUACACGAACUCCUACAAUGUUCCUUGAUUUCACUCUGAAACCGAAAUCUCAGUUGCAUCAAAGUAUACCGGAAUCUUGGAAUUCCUUUGUGUAUAUAAUUGAAGGGGAAGGAGCCUUUGGUUCCUUGAACUCGUCACCGGUAACUGCUCACCAUGUGUUGGUGUUGAGUCCAGGAGAUGGUCUGAGUGUGUGGAACAAGUCUUCCAAGCCUUUGAGAUUUGUGUUGAUAGGAGGACAACCUAUCAAUGAGCCAGUGGUUCAGUAUGGGCCUUUUGUGAUGAACACACAAGAUGAGAUUGAUCAGACUAUUGAAGACUAUCAUUACUCCAAGAAUGGGUUUGAGAUGGCAAAGUAUUGGAGAUCACAAUCAGUGGGCUAAAGAAAGCUUCAAAACAAUGAAAGCAUGUUUCAACCCCCAAGAAAAAUUUAAGCAGAAAUAUAAAGAGCACCACCAUCUUUAUCUAUCACUAUCUGUCUCUCUCUGUCUACAUUCAAGCAUAGCAAUCAAGUAGGAGCUGAAAAGAAAAUUUUCUUUCUCAUAGGAGCAAGUGUUUCUAGAAGCCUCAAAAUGCAGCUGCAGCUAGUGUGUGUGUGUGUGUUUUUUCUCCUUUUGGUGACAGUUCAUAAUUUAGAAGUUGAAUUUUCUUUUUUUCUUUUCUUUUUUUUUUUUUUCUUUUCUUUUUUUUUAUUUGAGAUUGUCUUGAUAGUUGAUACUAUAUCUUGUUUUGGGUGUUGGAUUGGAGGUGGAAAAUUGUGGUGGGGUUGGGUUUUUGGUUGUGAGUAGGGUUCACAAUCAUGUCUAAACCCAGAGGUGACCAACCAACUAAAAUGUAAUUGCUGGAACCACUUGGUACUAGAAAUGAGUUGAAUAAUGUGGCAGAUAUUGAUUUGGCAA